AUGCUCUCCUGCGUGGUCAUUUCCAGGCAUGCACCUCAGCUUGCCUGGUGCAAAUACGUCCACGACGUUCUUGCAUGCCGAUCUCGACGACGACUUCUGCUGUUAUGUGUCAUUGGCAAAAUGAUAUAUAGUCCUGGAAUGGGUCAGGAAACUUCAUUUGAUAUUGGUAAGUGCAUUGUUACCGGUGUACUGCUUUACGAGAUGGUAGCUGCUCGCUACGCACACUUGCUUUGUCAGCGCGUUGCCUUGCCGCUACAGUGCUUACAGCUAGGAAGACUUCUGCCGCUCUACGUCUCUCUUGCUCGCCUUCCAUGUCCCGGAAAGAGGUGUUGUCCAGCAAAAGGAUACUUGUAA